UUUUGGCGGGAACGCGAGGAGUGAAGUUGUGUGAUUUGUUUUAUUUUGUCUAUUUAGUGUUUCUUCAGGUUUAAAUGUGUAAUAAUGGUGGUUUAUUAACUGUUUAAUAUCUGUGAAAGUGCACAAAUGUGGGAAAAUGAAACAAAGCUGCUGGACGUAACUUCUCGGGUUUCUCCAAAAAGUCCACUGAAAAAAUCUCAGUAAAUGACCACCAUUUUACUGCGAUUAUAUUUCAUCCCAUAUCAUCUCAUUUCAUUAAAUUUCAUCCCAGUUGAUUAAUGUCUCAAAUUAAUCAUCUUCAUUUCAUUUCACUCCAUAUUAUCAUUUUUCAUAAAAUUAAGAAAAUAAAGUAAAAUAAGACAUGACUUAAAGGUCUUAGUUACCAGGUCAUAAAAUCUCUUAAAAAAAAUUAAAAAAGACUUUUGGCGGGAACCCGAGUAGUGAAGUUGUGUGAUUUAUUUUAUGUUGUCUAUUUAGUGUUUCUUCAGGUUUAAAUGUGUUAUAACGGUGGUUUAUUAGCUAUUUAAUAUCUGUGUAAGUGCACAAAUGUGGGAAAAUGAAACAAAAUCGCUGGACGUAACAUCUCGGGAUCCUCUAAAAAGCCCUUUGAAAAAAUUUCAGUAAAUGACCACCAUUUUAUUGAGAUUAUAUUUCAUCCCAUAUCAUCACAUCUCAUUUAAUUUCAUCCCAGUUGAUUAAUGUCUCAAAUUAAUCAUCUUCAUUUCAUUUCACUCCAUAUCAUUUUUCAUAAAAAUAAGAAUAUAAAUUAAAAUAAGACAUGACUUAAAGGUCUUAGUUACCAGGUCAUAAAAUCCCUUAAAAAACGAUUGAAAAAUGAUGAUCAAUUAUGUUUUAUUAAGUGUAUAAUCUAUGGUUUUUGGAAUCGAAUAAAUACAAUUAUUUUUAUGUAUAAUUGUGAUCCAUCAAUAAAUAAUAUAGAAAAAUGGUUAAACCGAGUCCAUUUGUGUAUUGGGCUCAAACAGAAAGUACUAUUUCACUGAAAAUUGAUUUGAAAAAUGCAUUAAAACCUGAUGUGAAAGUUCUCGAUAAUAAUGUAAUAUUUACCGCAAAGGGCACAGGAGCCCGGGGUGAGAGUCAAUAUGAGUUUAAUCUGGAUUUAUUUUCAAAUAUUAAAAGUCUUGAGCCCGGUGGAGAACAUAUCACACUUCGAGUGUUCGAAAACAGAAUCGAGCUGAUCUUGCAAAAGGUGAAACCUGUAUGGUGGCCUCGUCUCACAGCACAGCCACAAAAACCUGCCUGGUUGAAGAUAAAUUUUGAUUUGUGGAAAUCUGAAGACGGCCAGGAAAGUGACGAAGAGAAGCGUGACGUAAUGAGAGACUACCCAGGAAUGUAUGAUCAGCUACACCAAGAAGAAAUGGGAUAUAGGAAAGAAGACCUCAAGAAAGUUUACCUGUUUAUCUACAAUCUUUUCCAAUUUGUUGGAUACAUGUAUGUAAUGGCGGUGAUGGGAGUGCGUUAUGUCAAACUUGAUUAUGAUUCUGUGACUGAUACAUACGAACAUGUUGGUUCGGCCAUGAAAUUUUUACAGUUAAUGCAAUAUCUUGAAGUGCUACAUCCUAUGUUUGGUUAUACGAAGGGUGGAGUUCUAGUACCAUUCCUACAAGUUACGGGCAGAGCCUUUGUACUGUUUAUAAUGAUAGAUGCUGAACCAAGAAUGCAGACAAAACCAGUUGUCUUCUAUCUAUUUGUUGUGUGGACAUGCAUUGAAAUUGUUAGAUACCCUUACUACAUGUCCCAGUUGUACAAGAAGGAAUUUGCCUUGUUAACAUGGCUGCGAUACACAUUGUGGAUACCGCUUUACCCAAUGGGUAUAGUAUGUGAAGCCACAAUAAUACUCCGCAACAUACCAUACUUUGAAGAGACUCAGAAAUACACAGUAUCGCUGCCAAACGCCUGGAACUUCGCCUUCCACAUGCCAACUUUCUUAAAAUUUUAUUUAUUAGUCCUAACAUUCCCCGGUAUGUUUCUAGUAAUGAAACAUAUGCAUCGGCUUAGAAAUAUCAAACUUAGACCGAAAAUUGUCAUUAAGAAAUCUAAUUAGAAUAUUUGUUGAAUUAUUAUAUCUAGGAUGCCUUAAUGGAGAUAAUGUCGUAUGUACCAAUUUAUUUAAAACAGAAACACUUAUAAAAUUGCAAUCUUUUAUCAAAAUUCACGAUAAAACUACAAGUUUGUUCAAUAAAAAUACAAAAUAAAAAAAAAAAACCUGGAGAAAGUUUUUUUUUAGAUGUUUUGUACAUAUGAUAUUAUCCUUGGCGACUGGGAAACUUUGCUAUUUAAAUCAGCAUAAGCAUGGCCCAUUACUAUUUUAAAUCUAGCAUUAUUAGGUUACCACUUUUAAAAAUUAAAAAAGAAGAUUUUUUGUUCUUGUGUUCUCUGUGUUUCUACACAGAUUGUGUUAAUAGUUGGUAUAGUGACGGUUAGCAUAUCCGGGAAGGAUUCUGUCGUCUCUGGAAUGUACGGCAGGUGGCGCAUGUGUAGUUUUAUCAGCUGGGUGGUUUUCAUAUAAUAUUUAAGUGAUAGUCACAGUUAUCACGGUGUUGGGUUUCAAGUUAGAAAUAUCAACAUAUAUAAAUGUUAUAUUACAACAUUUCACAUAUUAUUUUAAACUCUUUGUAUUCCCAAAGAACCAUUUUUGUGUUUCAACAUUGAAUUUUUCAAUGAAACCAUACAUUGAAUGUAAAAUGGAGUGAAAUCUGUUGUGUUACAGUUGUAUUGCUAUUUAGACAUUUAGCUGUAGUAAUGUUUUGCAAACCAGCAGUUGUUUGAAGUCGUCGUGGCCUAAUGGAUAAGACGUCCGGUGCAUUCGAGUUGAGCGAUGCAUCGGUGUUCGAAUCCCGCAGGCGGGUACCAAUUUUUCUAAUGAAGUACGUACUCAACAAAUGUUCACGAUUGACUUCCACGGUGAAGGAAUAACAUCGUGUAAUAAAAAUGAAACCCGCGAAAUUAUAAUUUGCGUAAUUACUGGUGGUAGGACCUCUUGUGAGUCCGCGCGGGUAGGUACCACCACCCUGCCUAUUUCUGCCGUGAAGCAGUAAUGCGUUUCGGUUUGAAGGGUGGGGCAGCCGUUGUAACUAUAAUUGAGACCUUAGAACUUAUAUCUCAAGGUGGGUGGCGCAUUUACGUUGUAGAUGUCUAUGGGCUCCAGUAACCACUUAAUACCAGGUGGGCUGUGAGCUCGGCCAUUCAUCUAAGAAAUAAAAAAAAUAAAAAAAAAGUUACCAAAUAUUAGUUAAUUUUACAAGCAUUAAGCUUUUUGUUACAUUUUGAAUUUUACACUUUUUUUAAUUUAUUAAUCUGUGGUGGCCCUGUACAGUAGACUUGCGCAAAACAUCACUUCCCAAUGUAAUGUGAUAUGACAUCACUUUUACAGACAGGUGAUAUUACUCGAAAACAUUACACAUCACUCUUAACAUUACUCGGUGCGUUCAAUAGAUACUGUGACGACGAAUACAUUGUAUCUAUACACCCGAAUCAUUACCUAAGUGAUGUGUAUCAACACAUCACUUAGGUAAUGAUUCGGGUGUGUCAUUACAGUAGUGUAUUACAAUACAAAGUAUGAACUUUGUAUUGUAAUACACUGUUAUAUUACUUGACAGAGAUUGACUUACUUAAUAAUAUAAUAAUUUUAUUUUUUACUUAAUAUAAUUUAUUGUGGGAUGAACGGAUUUCAUAUGGCGACUUAGACUGCAAAUUGAGCUCGACAAUAAUGUUAAUAUACGAGAGCAGUAGAUGCAUUGUUUCGACGCGAUAUCCUCAAAGUGCAUCCAAGGAGGACUGUACUUUCAUUUAGACGCCGUUAUUUCUUUCACUUAUUAAACACGCAUUAAAACAAAUAAUUAAACUAUCUUCAAACAAGUGCUUAAGUAAUUCAAAUCAAACCCAAAAAUUAAUAUGAAAUAUUACUAAACAAUUACGAGCGACUAGCGAUUUUACAAAAGUUGCGAAUAAAAAAUUAAGUAAGUACUUGCGGGGAACUACCGGCUGGGCGCAUGAAAAAUAUAAACACAAAUACCUAUAUUAAAAUUCAGACGUACCAUAGGUAUAAAAAUGUACCUAGCGGCCAGGACAUACGGUUCAAAAUCACUAGGAAUAAUUCCGUGUCGCUUGCUCAUUUAUUUUGCGUCGAUCGGUCUGUCUCGCUCGCUCUGUUCCGUUCGUGUAUUAAGCAACAUUACACGACAAAGAAAGAAACAUGUUGGGUGAUAGUGUGAUGUUUGUUUC